AAAGACAUUCAACCUGAAAUAGUUCGAAGUUACGUGGUAACCUUUAGCACUGUCGAAUCGACGACAAAUUGGGUGAAUUCCUGUUGCAAGACGUCUAGUCCAGAGACGGCUACUUCUACUUCCUCCUCGCCGUUUUCCUUCUUGGAAUAUCUUUGGCCAAAUGCUGAGCUUUUGGCCGCAAUCAAGGACGUCGUUGCCAAAUUCAAGGCAUCUUUGGAUGAGACCGGUCUGGACCAGGAUGUCCGACUCAUGGGAAAUCAACUCAGGAACACUUGGCAGCAGUUGAGAACAGGUGUCGAUCGUGGACUUCGCGCCAUAAAGCAGAGCGCUGAGAAUUCUCUAGCAGAGGCAAAUUUAGGACCAAUGAAUGAACAGCUGGGACGGUUGUUCGAAAAGGCGGCAGCAGAUGACGUGAAUCAAGCACAAAUAUAA